GUUACCAAACACAAAACAAUAGCCUUGAAAGUGACUGUAUUGUGUGAGAUCCAGUAGUGAACGCACAUAUUUCAUCUUAAGUAUGUCAGAGUGCUUUUCUGGCGUGUGUUAUGUUGUCUACUAUCUUGUUUUGUAAGCACCGUAAUGCAAGACGAGACUGACACGGAGCCCACCUCUGGGUAUUGGUCGUGGUGGCCAUCUUGGAGGCCGACAUCGAUGUCGUUGUUGAAAAGUGCUGAGGCUAAAAUUCUUGCCUGUAUCAAAAAUGACUUGUGGUCCAGAUAUGUGACACUGCCCAAUCAAAACAGAACAUGGACCCUUAAAAUGACCAACAAGACAUCACGAAAACCUACAGACCAAGCAGCUAAAACGCCCCUUGUUAUGGUCCAUGGGUUUGGAGGUGGCGUCGGUCUGUGGAUUCGUAAUCUUGAUGCAUUGAGUCAAUCUCGACCUGUCUACGCCUUCGAUCUGUUGGGGUUCGGUCGUAGCUCCCGCCCGUCGUUUCCCUCUGACGCAUCAUUGGCUGAAGAGCAGUUUAUCAGUUCCAUAGAGCAGUGGAGACAAUCAUUGGGACUGGAACGCAUGAUCCUGUUGGGUCACAGCUUGGGUGGUUACCUGGCCACGUCAUAUACUAUUCAGUAUCCUGAGAGAGUCAGUCACCUCAUCUUGGUGGAUGCGUGGGGUUUCCCUGAACGACCCCAGCAGCAGGAACAGGGCUCAGGAGGUCAAGGGUCAGAGGUUAAAAGGGUAUCACCACCUCGCUGGGUCAAAGCUGUGUUUUCAGUGGUCAGCCUCUUCAACCCGCUGGCCAUCAUCAGAGCGGCUGGACCUUGGGGUCCGGGACUCGUGAACAGAUUCCGUCCUGACUUCAAGAGGAAGUUUGAGGAUCUGUUUGAUGACGACACAAUGACACAAUACAUUUACCACUGUAACGCUCAGAGCCCGAGUGGAGAGGUGGGUUUCAAAGCCAUGUGUGAGUCUUUUGGCUGGGCAAAGAGGCCGAUGGUCCAACGUGUGAACUUGCUGCCAGCGUCGAUGCCCAUCACCAUGCUUUACGGCGCACUUUCUUGGGUGGACAUCUCCACUGGAAACACGGUUGCUCAGAUAAGAGGCAAAAGCCCCACCAGUGUCAUACUGAUUGAAGACGCAUCCCAUCAUGUGUACGCCGACCAGCCGGCAGAGUUUAACCGAGUGGUUCAGAAUAUCUGUAAUACUGUAGACUGAGAUUGAAGAUGAAGUAUUACAGAACACACUCAGUGUCACAGGAUUUCUGAACAAAGUCUGUUAAACUGCCUUAGAGAACUGCAAAAGUUCCACGAACUGCAAGAGUUCCAGUUCGAUUCAAACCUUUAGAAUCUUAAAGACAAAGCUGCUCUGAGGCUCAUUUUUAGUGUCGGUGACAAAGGAUUGUACUGCUAAAUUUAUUUCUGUAUUUCUAUAUUAUAUUUUUUCAGUAUCCUAUAUAUUUAUCCUAUAUUUAAUUUUCAAGUAAUGAGAGGGUCCUAAUAAAAAAUGUUAAAAGAAUGUUUAAAAAAUGUCAUUGGACAGUCAAAUUGACUUAAAGUGUAGAUGUUUAAUAUACAGUAAUUAUUUCCUUUACAUUAUAAAUAAUUGUCUGUAUUUUAUAAUGUGCAUGGUUCAUCUUAAUAUAUUGUUGUACGUUGAACUCUGUUUUGUCCGCUUUAUUUUUCAGUUAAUAUUUCUCUGAGCCCUUUGUGUUUCUGUUGGUUUGAGAAUUAUAAAUAUCCACUAAGA